GACCGAUACCACCAUCAAAGCCGUCCUUCCAAUACUGCAAGGCAGCUUACCUUCCUGACCGACUAUGCCUAUCUCACCAUCUGCUUGCACCUUUGCAGCUUUGGUCGAGCAAUUUAUGAGGCUCAGCAUGGCAGGUGCAACUCUUGUUGGCCCAGAAGGCGAUUACUCCCAGCCUUUCCCCGCUGAAAUGCCCCCCUCGUGAUGUUCAUCUCAUGAGUAUAUCUACCCGUCUCCUCGUAGACCAUGAGGUGCGGGCUUUUGAUUGACAUUCUUUUUUGUUACCGCCCUCAUUGUUGCAUUCAUUCCUACAGACCAUCGAGCUUCUAGUAGUUUUACAAUACUUCUUGCAGUGUUAUCACACUCUCGAGGGUUCCAAAAAAAGCUCACCCAGAUGGAUGCUUACUCGAUGUCAAUUAGUAGCGCUUCCCGGAGAGUCACCUCGAAGCUGUAUCAAGAUCUGAAGACAGCCAGGCUUUACACUUUUGACAGAUCACAUAAGGAACUGGGCAUCAUGGAUAGAGUCUUACAGUUCGAAUCUUUGGAUCCGAAUAGAAAACCACACAUUGGGAUUGUCGGUGCUGGUUUUGCAGGUCUUCGAUGUGCAGAUAUCCUCAUUCGAUAUGGCUUCCGAGUGACGAUCCUUGAAGCCCGUAAUCGCCUCGGCGGCAGGAUACAUCAAGAAAGGCUCCCCAGCGGCAAUCUGAUAGACAUGGGCGCCAACUGGAUCCAUGGCACUGAUGAUAACCCGAUCCUGGAUCUGGCAAAGGAGACCAAAACACACACUGGGGUCUUUGACAGCGAAUCGUAUGUUUUUGACGAAGACGGCACACUUCUAUCUGCACAGGAAGGAGAUAAAUUCUCAACGGUCAUGUGGAAUAUCAUUGAAGAGGCUUUUGAGUACUCUGAGAAGCACGGGACUCAAAUAGACGCGGACAAGACGCUGUUAGACUUCUUCAAGGAGCAAAUUCUCAAGCAAAUACCCGAUACACUAGAGGGAUAUGAACGACAGAGGAAAUUUGUCCUGCAGAUGGCCGAUCUUUGGGGGGCUUUUGUUGGCAGUCCAGUUGAGACACAGAGUCUCAAGUUCUUCUGGUUAGAAGAGUGUAUUGACGGUGAAAAUUUGUUUUGCGCUGGGACCUACCGCAAAAUCCUGGAGAGGGUGGCGAAGCCAGCUGUUGAUGGCGCUGAUAUUCGAUAUGGAACGCGGGUAUCGGAGAUAUACGGAAAAUCUACAUCACCCAAUGGAACUCCCAGGGCGAGGACUGCCGAUGGCCAGAUACUCGAGUUUGACGAGCUGGUUGUCACCACACCGCUUGGAUGGCUCAAACAGAACACUCACGCCUUCCACCCUCCUCUUCCAGAUCGACUAUCCAAAGCCAUCCAGAAUAUUGGAUACGGGUGCCUAGAGAAGGUGUACAUCUCCUUCCCAACUGCCUUCUGGCUUACACCUGAUGUAAAUGGACGGAAAGUCCAAGGAUUUUGCCAAUGGCUUUCGCCAAACUAUUCCAAAGACACUAAUCCCGCCGGUUGGACCAACGAGAUCGUCGAGCUCGCCUCCAUGGGCCCUUCUUCUCAUCCGACGUUGCUAUUCUACACAUACGGCGAUGAAUCACGACAUAUCACAUCCACCUUGCGCUCUCUGCCCUCGCAGAAAGAGAAACUCGACUUUUUGUUCAACUUCUUCAAGCCAUACUACUCACGGCUGCCGUCAUACGACGAGAACAACCCCGAUUGCCACCCUGUAGUUGCGGUAGCCACUGACUGGCUUGGUGAUGAUUUGGCGGGGAAUGGUAGCUAUGCCAACUUCCAGAAGGGGCUCAAGGAGGGCGACAAAGACAUCGAGAUCAUGCGGCAGGGAAUAUCGGGUGAGGGGAUCUGGCUGGCAGGGGAGCACACCGCGCCGUUUGUUGCUCUGGGGACUGUGACAGGGGCUUACUGGAGCGGGGAGGGGGUUGCAAAGGAGGUGGCGGGGAGUUAUGGGAGGAGGAUGGCGGAGAAGCUUGGAAAGGAGGAUGCCAUCACCAACUGAAGUGUAGUUCAUCAUGAUAUUUGUGUCAAAACGGUGGCGGGGAGAGCGAGGUCCAGGCUAAUAAGGUAACGGUUGGUUACAUUCCUGAGCGUCCACAGAUUUAUUGUUUUGGAUAAAGGUAGAGCAGUUACCUAUUGUAGCUUAGCAACGGCAAGUCACAGCGUUUUGUUUGUUGUCUGGAGCUCCCUGCUGCUGUUG